AUAAGACAAAGCCACUAUGGGGAACAAAUCAAUGGACCAAGCAUGUUCCUUCUUUUCGAGAGAAGUAUGAAGCUUGGAUUCAGAAGUUGUUGAAGCUCGGACUGAUCGUAAUGGAAGCAUUCCUAUACGCUGAUCCGACACCAUCUGCUCUCCAAGUAUUCUUAGGACCCGAUACAGAGGUAGCGAAACAUGCUGUAGAUGCCUCGUUAGCUUUACCACCGGAACAAGGUGAUGCCGAAGGUAUCUGGAUUAAUGCGGAUCCUAUACCCGGUGCAGUGGUGUGUAACAUUGGGGAGAUGUGGGAGACAUGGACCUGUGGAUUAUACAGGUCCACGCUGCAUCGGCCAAACUUUGAUGCACUUGUCCAACCAUUAGACGCGGCAUUGCGUAGGAUUAAGGAGGAAAGGUGUGGUAAUGGUUCAGCAGAAGACCAAGCCGGGCUGAAGGCGAAGUAUCCACCUGUCGUAUAUGGAGAGUUUCUCAAGGGGAAAGUGGGUGGAAACUUUACGGAGGAGAGCUAA